AUGCCAUUAUACUUUGGGCAAAACAGUGCCAUCGCCAACGUAUCUUGGAAUGGAGAGAAUUUCCAAGAAGUAAAAUCAUUUUGUCAUUGGCAUGAAGCAGAGCGAAAUAUAAACCAAAACUCGGUAACACUUUUAGGGGAUGAUGCUAACUUGUAUUUCGCCAAGAAUUAUUUACUGGGAUCACUGGAAUCUACAGUUCCAAUACCCGAGGUUCAAGGCCAGGUUGAACAAAUAGAUACGUUUUUUGAAACAAAUGACUCACAGUUAUAUGACAAAUAUGGUGAAAUGACAAAUAAUGUACAGUACAUUACGCCAUCUUUUGGCCCUGUGUUCAAAGAUCCAGUAAAGAUCAAACCUCAAAAAGAAGCGGAUUCAGCAUUUUUUGAAGGCAAUGCGACAGAACAAAUUGCUUCGCAAUGCUCUCCCCCGGCUUAUUCGCAACUCUCACAUGUGGCUCAACUAUAUAAUGACCCUAGGGUAUCGGGCACGCUUUCUCAAAAGCAGACGAAAAGGGGAAGUUAUCGGUGUUCCCACUGUUCAGAUAAUUUCCCAACAAUACUAAUGUUUGCCGCGCAUUUAGAUAAAUUCAACCUUAGAAGACCGUACACAUGCCCAAUAAAGCAGUGCCCUUGGAAAAUAUUAGGAUUUCUGCAAGCAACAGGUUUAAGAAGACACUGUGCAUCUCAGCAUAGAGGAGAGCUUGAUGUAGAGAUGGAGAAAUCGCUAAAUUUGAGGGUGGAAAAGUAUCCAGGGCUCAGUUGUCCAUUUUCUAUUUGCCAGAAAACAUUUAAGAGGAAGGAUGCCUAUAAGAGGCAUGUAGCCAUGGUGCAUAAUAAUGCCGAUUCGAGGUUCAAUAAGCGUUUGAAAAAAAUUAUGAACAGCAUCUCCAACAAUAAAAGUAAAUAG